UUUUGUUUCUUUUCCAACAAAAACAAUCAACAGUUCCAAUUCGGCAAUCGUACGAGUGGAUAAGGAUCAAUUGGUUGAUAUCAGAUCUAUUUAUCACCAUUCACACCUUUAAUUCUCCCCAAACUGGGCGAUCCAUUUUGCGGCAGAAUGGCCUUCUAUGGCUACAACGGCGAUGUCCACUGGGGUGCUGCCGACCAUGAUUUCGAAGCCGCAUCCUACUAUUCUCCUCCAUACCUUCUCAGUGAGCCUAACCCAAUCCCACUCCCUAUUGAUUACUACAAUCAUGAUUAUUACUCUGUAUCUACUUAUUCUGAUCCGAUUAACUAUGCUUCUUCUUACGAUUACUACCAAUAUUCUGUAAAUCAAUCGGAGACGAACUACAGCCAGCCGAAAUAUCUUCAGUACGACCCAUCUCCUCCCUAUGAAGCCUAUUUCCCUACCCAGACCAAAUCUACAGUAUCAUACUCUAAAGUGCAGUUCAGUAUGCCUGAAUUCGAAGAUUAUGACCCCACUCCUUACGGUGGAGGUUAUGAUCAGGCAAUGACCUACGGCAAGCCUCUUCCUCCUUCAGAUCUCACCUGUUAUCCUCGCUCGCUGCCCCAAUCCGACGCCCCGCCUUUGGAUAAUUUCUCUUUUGCUUCAAUUCCUUCACCCUAUGGCAGAGAUGAAGAUAUUAUUGCAACGAAGCCUCCCGAUGGAAGCAAACCCACAGAUACCAAAACUGAAACAGGAAGCCGUAGCGGUGUGGAAAAUGAAGGUAAGAUUAUCGAUGAUGGUAAGGAUGUUGAGCCAAUCGAAGUGAUCCCGAUUGUUGAGCAAAGCGAUUAUCCCAAUUAUGAACAUCAAAAUGGAAGGGUCCCUCAAAUUCCAUAUGGUUCUGGAUUGGAAACUAUGGACCUGUGUGAAGGUUUAUUUGGUUACUGGCCGUGCUUAGCCAAGAAAGCGCAGCAGCAGAGGAACUGCUGCCAAGUUUGCGACCCAGAUCAGAGAAUCGAUCCGUGGAAAUCUGCUGCAGAUUAUCUUUUUGGGACUCCACUGCCGUAUGAUUACGACAAUUAUCAUCAUCAUCACCAGUCUCUGUACCAGUCCGAUCAAAUUUCUUGGCUGCACUAAAUUGGAAUAAAGUUAUUGGUAUGAUUCUCCUGUUAUUUUUCAUACCAAAUUCAUCUCUGCUUGAGAAAUUAAGCAAAAUACACAUGUUGUAUAAUUGAUUAGUACAUUAUAGAGGAUGGGGCAAAAAUGAGUGAAUUGUGCAUCAACCAUGCCAUUGCCAUUGUCAUCCACAGUUAAGUUAUUAUUAAAGCAUUGUGCAAAUAAAUGUCUAAGUAGUCGAACAUUGGUGGACGGCAAAAUCAUGCCAGUUUUGAAUUAUCUUCUUUUCUUAUUCUUGCUAUCUUCUUUCUAAAGGGAUGUAUAACCCACCUCUUAGAGACUGUAAUAAUGCCAUUAGACACACUUUAUUUGCAAA